AUGAGGCGCCUUGUUGGGUGGUAUUUCGCCGCGCUAUGGGUUUCCUGGCUGAGCUGUUCAAGUACCUCCGAGUUGGACCCUACCCAACAACACCAAGCAACUGUCGCCAUGGAGACAGCCCAACAGGCAAUUGAGAUAGCACACGAGGAAAUGAAAACAUCAAUUGAACUCAUCAAAGACCUCAGAGAGAGAUCCAAGGAGGCAACAGCAGCAGAACUACUGACGAAGCAGACUAAACUCUCCAAGUACGCUUCCAUGGUUGGUAAGGCUCUCCGUGCUGUACAAGCUGCGGCAACAAUUGCUAAUUUUGCGUUCACGUUUUUCAUGCCAAGUGACCUGGAUGUCAUUACAAGCUUAAUAAAUGAACGCUUUAAAGAGGUAAAUGCCAAACUCGAUCGCCUUGGUGAGAAACUCGAUGAAAUGGAGACAUCAAUCAAGGCAAACAGCGCAUUUAAUAACUUUCUGUCU